AUGAGCUAUUUUUACAAGCUUAAGCUUAUGAAAGAAGCUGUCUUGGUCAAACUGCCCCUUACAUCUCUCCCAGUGCUUCUCCAAACCCUAUCCAGGAAGUCCAGAGACAUGGAGAUAAAGAACUACAGCAGCAGCACCUCAGGCUUCAUCCUCCUGGGCCUCUCUUCCAACCCUCAGCUGCAGAAACCUCUCUUUGCCAUCUUCCUCAUCAUGUACCUCCUCACUGCGGUGGGGAAUGUGCUCAUCAUCCUGGCCAUCUACUCUGACCCCAGGCUCCACAUCCCUAUGUACUUUUUUCUCAGCAACUUGUCUUUCAUGGAUAUCUGCUUCACAACAGUCAUAGUGCCUAAGAUGCUGGUGAAUUUUCUAUCAGAGACAAAGGUUGUCUCUUACGUGGGCUGCCUGGUCCAGAUGUACUUCUUUAUGGCAUUUGGGAACACUGACAGCUACCUGCUGGCCUCUAUGGCCAUAGACCAGCUGGUGGCCAUCUGCAACCCCUUACACUAUGAUGUGGUUAUGAACCCACGGCAUUGCCUACUCAUGCUAUUGGGUUCUUGCAGCAUCUCCCACCUACAUUCCCUGUUCUGUGUGCUACUUAUGUCUUGCUUGUCUUUCUGUGCCUCUCACGUCAUUAAGCACUUUUUCUGUGACACCCAGCCUGUGCUAAAGCUCUCCUGCUCUGACACAUCCUCCAGCCAGAUGGUGGUCACGACUGAGACCUUAGCUGUCAUCGUGACCCCCUUCCUGUGUAUCAUCUUCUACCUGCGAAUCAUCAUCACUGCGCUCAGAAUCCCCUCUGCAGCUGGGAAGUGGAAGGCCUUCUCUAUCUGUGGCUCCCACCUCAUUGCAGUAGCCCUCUUCUAUGGGAGUGUCAUCUAUGUCUAUUUUAGGCCCCUGUCCAUGUACUCAGUGGUUAGGGACUGGGUAGCCACAGUUAUGUACACAGUAGUGACACCCAUGCUGAACCCUUUCAUCUACAGCCUGAGGAACAAAGAUAUGAAGAGGGGUUUGAAGAAAUUACGGGACAGAAUUUACCGGUAA